AUGCGCGUUGUGGUGAGAGUGUGUUUGUCCCACAAUGAGCCGCCGAGCUCCGAGCCUGCAGGACGAGGCAUGAAGGUAGUCUGGAUCCUUACUGUGAGCGCACUGAUCAGCACUCACACUGCUGCAGGAUCCCCGCUGCUCCUGGACCCUGAGGUUUUUCUGGAAAAGUAUGGCUACCUUCAUCAGGACAACCACAUCCACAAUGAAGUUGAGGUGCAGUCAGCUGUCCGGGAGUUCCAGUGGCUUUCCCGCCUUCCUGUCACCGGUGAACUUGACAGCGCCACUCUGAGGCAGAUGGCAGAGCCCCGCUGUGGGGUGUCGGAUGAGGGCAGCCAGCAGAUCUGGGCUCAGAGGGUGAACACCGUCUUCACUGGAGGCGGUGUUGGUGCUGCAGGGCGAGAGCAGCGUCGCAGCAAGAGAUCUGCAGUUGAGAAGUGGUACAAGCGUCAUCUCAGCUACCAGAUAGUGAACUGGCCUCGCCACCUGUCUCCCGGCUUGGUGCGGCUGGCAGUGCGUGCUGCCUUCCAGCUGUGGAGCAACGUGUCAGGCCUGGUCUUCCAGGAGGCCCCCGAAGGACCUGCAGACAUCCGGCUGGCCUUUUACGAGGGAGACCACAAUGACGGAGCCAGCAAUGCCUUUGAUGGACCAGGAGGAACUCUGGCUCACGCCUUCCUGCCUCGCCGUGGAGAAGCCCACUUCGACAUAGCGGAGAGGUGGACACUGAACGGACACAAGGGACACAACCUGUUCAUGGUGACGGCUCAUGAGAUCGGACACACUCUGGGACUGGAGCACUCCCCUGUCCGUCACGCUCUGAUGUCGCCAUUCUACAGGAAACUGGGCCGCAGCCUGGUGCUCAGCUGGGACGACAUCAUCGCUGUGCAGCAGCUGUAUGGUAAGCCAUCGGGCGAUCGUCCUGUGAGGCUUCCGGGUCAGGUUUUGCAUGCAGCGCUGCAGGAGUGGGAGUUCACAGAGAUCGACAACGGGCAUCAGAACACAGGCCAGCCUCUCUACUGCCAGGGCGUCUUUGAUGCCAUCACUAUGGACCAGAAUCAGACAGUGCUGGUAUUUCGGGGCAGUGUGUACUGGACAGUAUCAGCUGAAGGCGGUGUGAGCGGCCCGCUGCCUCUCCGUCAGCGCUGGUCUGACCUGCCUCUGGCCAUCGAGGCUGCUGCCUUCUCCCCGCUCGACUCCAAGUGGUAUUUCUUCAAAGGGAAGCGGAUGUGGCGUUACACCAGCAGCGUGCUGGACCGGGGCUUCCCCAGGAAGAUCAGUGAACUGGGUCUGCCUCGCCACCCUGACUGCGCCUUCUUUUACAUCCCUCUGGGUCACAUGGUCCUCUUCAAGGGCUCCCGCUACUAUGUCCUCAACCUCAAAACUCUGCGCCAAGAACCCUACUACCCCCGCCGGCUGACAGAUUGGACUGGGGUGCCAGAAGGGACCAAUGGGGCGCUGACCCGUCCAGACGGGCGCCUCUACCUGUUCAGAGAACAGCAGUUCUGGAGAUUUGACACAGUGAAGGUGCGAGUCACCAGAGAGGGCCAGUGGGCCAAUGAUCUGAGCUGGACUGGCUGCAGCAACACUCGUCAGAACAACAACAUCCUUUGACCAGCAGAGGGCGCUGUAAGCUUUAAAGUGCAAUGUGUUGAUGGAUCCUGAACUGCGGAGGGGCUUUUAAUUGGAGACUCACAUUCAGAUCAUGAGUUACAGCCUGGCUCAUUACACUCAUGCCAUGUAGGCACUUCCAAAAAUAAGCCCAUACUGUAUUUAUACUGCAGAAACUAUUAAUAUUACUGUGUAUGGAUGUGCAAUCAUAGCCAUGUUGAUGCAGUUUAAAUAAUAAUAAUAAUAAUAAUAAUGAUAAUGAUGAUGACUGCACACUUUAAAGUGAGCAGCACCUGUUUUGUUAGGUGACUCUGCAGCUGGAUCUGUGCUUUUCAAACCGUCGUCUUUUCUCUUGUAGUAUUUGCACACUGACAGAAAAACCAAACAUGUUUUUUUAUGAUCUCUU